CAUGUUGUCCACGCCCACUUCGCUGUGGCUUCUCAGUUGACAGCCAGCAAAGUUUCUCGGGGAGUGUGUGACAGUUUUAGCUGUUGGAUUUGUGCAUUUUAGCCCUCAUUUCUAUCCGCCACUCUGGAUUUUUAACCUAAGGAUGGACUAAGGAGUCAUCAUGGUGGUUAAUUCGGUGCACUGGUUUCGUAAAGGUCUGCGGCUGCAUGAUAAUCCAGCGUUGCAGGAGGCCCUGAAUGGAGCGGACACUGUUCGUUGUGUUUAUAUCCUAGACCCCUGGUUUGCUGGCUCUGCUAACGUGGGAAUCAACCGAUGGAGGUUUCUACUGGAGUCAUUGGAGGACUUGGACAGCAGUCUGAGGAAGCUCAACUCCAGGUUGUUUGUGGUCCGAGGGCAGCCUACAGAUGUCUUCCCAAGGCUCUUUAAGGAGUGGAAAGUGACCAGGCUGACAUUUGAAUAUGACCCAGAGCCUUAUGGGAAAGAGAGGGAUGGGGCCAUCAUCAAGAUGGCCCAUGAGUUUGGAGUGGAGACCAUCGUCCGAAACUCUCACACUCUCUACAACCUGGACAGGAUAAUCGAGAUGAACAACAACAGUCCUCCUCUGACCUUUAAGCGAUUCCAGACGAUCGUGAACAGACUGGAGCUGCCCAGGAGGCCGCUGCCUACCAUCACCCAGCAGCAGAUGGAUAGAUGUAGGACUCAAAUAGCAGAAAACCAUGACCAGCACUACAGUAUACCUUCACUGGAAGAACUUGGUUUCAAGACGGAGGGUUUACCUCCUGCUGUGUGGCAUGGAGGAGAAUCAGAGGCCCUGGACAGACUCAACAAGCAUCUGGACAGAAAGGUAUGGGUGGCCAACUUUGAGCACCCGCGGGUCAAUACGUGUUCUCUGUUUGCCAGUCCAACUGGCCUGAGCCCCUACCUUCGCUUCGGCUGCCUGUCCUGUCGGGUUUUCUACUACAACCUCAGAGAACUGUACAUGAAGCUUCGUAAGCGUUGCAGUCCUCCUCUGUCCCUUUUUGGCCAGUUGUUGUGGAGGGAAUUCUUUUAUACGGCUGCCACCAACAACCCAAACUUCGACCGCAUGGAGGGCAACCCCAUCUGUGUCCAGAUCCCAUGGGACCAGAACCCUGAGGCGCUGGCUAAGUGGGCUGAGGGUCGGACCGGAUUCCCCUGGAUAGACGCCAUCAUGACUCAAUUAAGGCAGGAGGGCUGGAUUCAUCACCUCGCCCGACACGCUGUGGCCUGUUUCCUCACCAGGGGAGACCUCUGGAUCAGCUGGGAAAGCGGCAUGAAGGUAUUUGAGGAGUUACUUCUGGAUGCAGACUGGAGUGUCAACGCUGGCAGCUGGAUGUGGCUGUCCUGCAGUGCCUUCUUCCAGCAGUUCUUCCACUGCUACUGUCCCGUUGGCUUUGGAAGGCGCACUGAUCCAUCAGGAGACUACAUCAGGCGUUAUAUCCCCAUCCUAAAGGACUACCCUAAUCGCUACAUCUACGAGCCGUGGAACGCCCCUGAGUCGGUCCAAAAGGCAGCCAACUGUGUGGUGGGGGUACAUUACCCCAAACCCAUGAUCAACCAUGCAGAGGGCAGCAGGCUCAACAUAGAGAGGAUGAAGCAAGUCUAUCAGCAACUCUCACAUUACAGAGGACUCAGUUUAUUGGCCUCAGUACCAACUAUCCAGGAAGAAGCAGAGCCACCGAUGACUGACGACUCCCAGACCAGCAGUGGCCCUGACUCUCCCAGAGCCCCUGGUGACAUUGAAGCAGCCGUCUGCUCCACAGCUCCUGACUCGUCCACAGUCUGUUCAUCCUCCACCGCCGCUGGCUUGUGUUCAAACCAGAAUGAGGCAACAACCAGUGACCCGUCCCAGACACUCUGCACCCCCCCAGGCCCACAUACAGUCCCAUCUUUAGCCUCUGCAGCAGCCAUAACCUCAACAUCUACAGGCCAUCUCUCAGCCGUACCACCCAACCAGGCCACAGCAUCUCCUCCUCCCUCCCCAUCCUUAGCUCCAGCCCAGAGUCCCUUAUCGAAACCCAAACCCUUCUUGUCCUCUUGUUCAAGUCUGACCCCACCCCCCUCCCAGGCUCCAAGCAGCGCCCCGGGGCAGGUCUCUUCUCUACCCCCGAGGAGGAAAGGCCUCGCUCGCAAGCUCCGCCGCAGCCAGAGGCAUCGAGGCAGACAGAGCUGCACCACAACCGCCAGGGAGGAAGACAGGAGAGCCGAGGAGGAAGAGAAGAUGGAGGAGGAGGUUGAGGACGAGGAGGAGAGGAUGGAAGAGGAGGCAUCUGGGGAGAGAGCAGGCAGUCAUCAGUGAUACAAAGAGGAGUUUGAGAAAUCAGGUCUUCAGACCUCCAACCUGGAAGACUGGACCUACAUACAGACGCAUUGAAGGAAGAGUGUUUUGGAAGUGUUUAUGCCGCACACACACACACACACUAACGGUGGAAGGAGUACAAAAACAUUUUACUCACAUGCAAUUAUCACUUAAAUUUUACUCAAGUCAGAGCAAAAUUGCAGAGUACGCAUUUAGAAAAGUAUUCAAGCGUUUCAUUUAGAGUUCAUGUAUGAUCUUAAACUACCUAUUUGACAUUGUCCAUGCAAAUAAUUUGAUGCUACUUAUGGUUUGUGGAUGAUCCAUUUUAGUUAUAGGAGGAACAGUCCAGAAUAAAAAAAAAAAAAAAAAAAAACAUCCCAGUAGAGUCACUACUCUGAUGUCUCAAAAUAAUUCUUAUUGUAGCAAGUGGAGUUAAUACUGUGUAACUAGAAUACUCAUAUCUAGUUAAAUUCAACCUCUGGUACGUAUACACACAUACAUAGGCACACACAUGGUUUAAAAAAGAAAGCAUCACUAAAACCUGAAGAGCAGAAAAUACAGCAUGGCUGCCAAUAACAAGUUUACAACAUUCUGCAAGCACUACCUAGCAAAGAACUCCUCCUACCACGCUACCACAGAAAAAGAGAAUGCACUAAGAAGCGCUGCGUACUCAUGAAGAACUGGAUUUGACUGGGCAGUGCGUUAUGCACUGCAGCUUUUACAGCUACAUAUCCAUUUUGAAACCAUAGAAAAUAGUGGAGAACUGCUUCUGCUUGCUUCUGAUUCUAACAACGUCUUUUCAAUAGAAAUAAGAUACUGAAUGGUCAGCGGGACCCUGAAUGUCACCUGUACCGGACUAGACAAGAUUGUUCUAUUUGUCUACCAGAGGCCGCUCUAGCUAUGGAUUUCUCUGUCCUUGGAAAAAUAAAAGCAAACCCAUCAGCCUUUAUAGGUCAACUCCUCAUAUAAUCAUUUGCACGAGAAAUGCUCUCUUAACAGUUAUAGUUUCUCUAACGGUAGUUCACACUAAGCUUUGGGCUAACUGUAGCGCACAGCUUAUAUUAGCCUCCAUUCACACUUGUACUUAUUAACCCAGGGCUAACAGUUAGUCCUGGGUUAAGGUUUCACAUUUGACAAUCAAAGCCCAGGGUUAAAGUCUUGAGUUCACUUGUCGCACCGUUUUCAUCGGACAACAAACAUUCUGUUGCUUUUCAAAAGUCAGAGUGUGGAUCACUGGGUAACUGGUGAUGCAAUGUUUCAUCCAUGAUAACAAUGGUAUCACGAUACAAGCAGCUCUGCGAUAUGUGAUAUAUUGUAAGAUAAUCAGCUGUGCUGCAUCAAGAUAUCUAUAACUAAAGAAGGAAAUGGCAAAAUAAUUUUCCAGUAGGCAGGAGUUAUUCCUGUGUUUCAGUGUUGCAGUGUGCACAGCGACUGCAACAUUUACAUGACGCAACACCUCCAUUUAAAAUACCUAAAGGCAGGGAUCAAAUACACCUCAUAGGAACUCACAUAUGCAUCUGUGCAAAUUAAGUUGAACAAGAGGAAGAAUCGAGAUAUUUUGUCUCACCCUCAUUCAGAAGUAGUCUUUUGCUGCUGUCCUAACCUUGAUUUUAAUCUUGAUUCACGCUACAGACUUUGACUUUUUGAGGACAUCCCCAGAAACCUGCUCUGGAACAGGGUUUAGUUAGUCCUGGUCUAAGAGUGGGGAUAUCGCACUUCCUGAGUUGCAAGUGUGAAGCGACAGUUUGCCUGGGGCUGAGUGUAGAGUCGGUUGUGGGUGUAUCUCAUGAUGUGACAGCAGUGUCCGGGGGUCCCAGAGUGAUGGACUUAACUAGAUGAGUUUGGCUCCUUGCCAGGCCAGUGGCUGUGACUCUGAUGUACAGGGCAGUCAGGCUCACUGCAGCCACGCCAGUAAGGAGAUUUAUUUAUCUUCUGUACAUGAAUUAAAGCUCAUGUUAUCGCAUAGCUCCCAUAUAUGUACAGCAAUAGACAUUUUGUGCCUAGUUUAGGAGGCAUUCGGUUUAAUUCAGAUGGGAUUACACAGUGAGGUAACUGUGUUGGAUAAUCACUUUGUUUAUGGCUGCCUUUCCCUUGUCCUUUGUCCACCUGCAAGACCAAGUUCAUCCACAGCACCACAGCAUCAUUUCUGUAUAUUACCCCUCUUAACUUAUAAAAAUCGCUUACGGCUCCAAGGAAGUGGAGUUUUUUUUUUUUUUUGUUUUGUUUUUUUUUGCCCCUGUGAUGCUGAUGUUUUUGUUCAAUGUUUUCCUUGGUUUUGUCACAUUAAAAACUAAACAAAAAUGUAAAAAAAUAAAAUAAGUAAAUAACAAAAAAAUAACAAAACUUUUAAAAAGCGCCAUAGAGGAUAUUACUGAAAUGGUUCAUUUAAAUUGACUGAUGUGAUCGCUUUGGAAAAUGUCAGAUAUUUUUGCCAGCAGCAGAGAUUAUGUAAACUAGUAAAACAGAAUAAAAAGUUUUCUUACUCCAUCUCCCAAAAUUACAAAAUCCAUCUCUGAUUUGAAACCAUCACAACUUAAAUUAUGUACACUAAGAGGCCGAGGCAGGUCACUCAUUCUCUUCAGGGAUGGCUUUUUUUCCCCCCUGAACAAUUUAUAUAUGAAAGAGAGAGCUUCAGAUACGGUUGAUGUGGCAUCAGGAAUAACAAAGAUGAUAUAUUGUAGAGAUUCAGCUUUUGUAUUUGCCACCUUUUUCUCUGGCAAUGGUAACUGCUGCUUGUGUGGAAUGAAUGUAGAGGAAAAACUGGGUGUGUUGUCCCAAUAUAUCCAUCAGUUUUUGUAUAUAUAACAUGUAAAAAUAUAACCUCUGUUUACCUGAUUGUCUGUUUGAGGAGGUUUCACAAAGGUUUAUCGCAUCUUUGCUAGGCAGAUGUUUCCCAAAAGCCCCUGCUAGAGAUAGUCCUCCAUACUGUAAAUGUCUGCAGUUUCUCAUACGUGUAUACCUCUGUGCUACCCUUAGAUGUUCUUAAUUUGACAAGUGGAGCCCAAAAGCAUCAUUGCACUAUUAUUUAUUUUCUUGUCUUUUUAAUGACUGGAGAUGCACAGGAGCUGCGAUGCUUUGUUGACUAAAUCUGGUUCGGCCCAUUUUGAAGACGCUACAUUAAGCGGUUCGUGGCAAUUUUAAUGCUUCAGUUUUUAUUUCAUAGGAAUAAAUCUUUGUCGACGAACGAGAUUAGGCAAAACUGUUAAUUGGCAGGAACCGUGUUUAUUCCUGGUGCAAUUCGAUUAUUUUUGAUAUUUUACUACUGGAGCAACCAGGCACAUUUUAGUUCAAUGACUAUUUCUGAUCCUAUUUUGAUUAGAAGGUUUUGUUUAAUCUUGCAUCUUGCAGGAACCCCAAUUCAUGGAAUGCCCUCGGUCACUGAGUCAAUCCGGCCAUUUCAGCCUCAUGGAGUGUAUAAAAGAAAGGGACAAGCGUUCAAAAAGAAUUGUCCAGGCUGUUUUUGGUUUUUGCCCGCUACCUUUUGGUUUGCAUCUGUUUUGAAGGACUGCUGUUAAAUCAAAUGCAGAAGCCAAGGAAGGGCAGUGCUUUUUUUUUUUUUUUUUUUUUUUUUUGUUAUUCCUGCUUGAAGUAUACAUCUGGAAAAGAAUAAGCUGUCUUAGUUUUAGCUUCAACUAGCUUUGUGAAACCCUCUCAGUGUUGCCAGGUUGGAUUAGUGUUCCCCAAAAGAGGGACAGAUGCUUUUUAAAACAAGGCAACCCAUACAGCCCAUGUAAAUGUCGUAUUGACCUGUACUAAAGACAGACAGGAGCUGUGAGGUUUUAAUCCUUAAAGGCAGAAGGCAAAACUAGUCACCAGAGUCUCAACUGGGAUGUAAAAAUUGACCACUAAACAUUAAACCCCCCUCCAUCCCACCCCAGUUUAGCCUCUGGUGUCUAAAUUGGCUUCUCCCUUGGUCAUAAACCUCACAGUUCCCAGCUGCCUUGAAUGCACCACAAGCCCAGAUGCUUACAUUUUGCUGCUCAUUCCAACUAACAACAGAAUGGCGCUCUGUUAGGCUGAAGGUCUGUGUGAGAACCGUGGGCUACAUGGCUAUUUAUUUGUUUUGUAUUGUACAAAAAGAGUUUAUUUUCAUUAAAAUCGCUGAUGGAAUUGUGA